UUUCAAAGUUGUGAUGUCUUCAAUAUUAUUCUACAAUGUAAAACAUUAAGAAAAACCCUUGAAUGGUGUCCAAACUUUUGACUGGUACUGUAUAUGUCAUGCCUGCUCCCGCUCCCCCUCUCUGGCGCUCAUUAUGCACACCUGUCACCAUCGUUUCACGCAUCAACGCUUCAUUGGACUCACCUGGACUCCUUCACGUUUUUGAUUGCCUCCCCUAUAUCUGUCUAUUCCUCCGUUUCAUACCUGUGUCAGCAUUAAUGUCGUUUUGUUUCCCCUGUUCUAUUUCAUGUACGUUGAUAAUUAAAUGUUCACUCCCUGUACAUGCUUCUCGUCUCCCAGUGUCUGUCCUCACAGUAUGUAUAUAUAUAUAUAUAUAUUUGUUUUUUUGUGGCUGUUUUGCAUGUUAUUUUGGCAUUAAUACGUCACAUUUAAGUUUGCAAACAAUGUAAAAAAAUAUAUAUUAAAAAAAUCAUAGAGUUAAUAAAGCCGCAUACAAACAUGUUCUCUUUUAUGCUUUCUUGAGUAAGGCAGCUCCAUAAUGCAGGUGUUUCAGCCUAGCUCAGUGCUUUCUGUGGUGGUGGGGCUGCCAGCGGUAAAUGCAGAGCAUAGGGGUUGGUAAUCUUCUCUAGUUGGACUGCCUCUUAUCCACUCAUUGUUCCCUUAUGCCAUAGCUUGAACAGCUCAACAGUCAGUAGAAACCACAUUUGUUAUGCAAGUCAGCCAUAUCAGCUAUGUUUUCUAAAAAGGCAGUAAAUGAGACUGAAUGAACUGUUUUGUUGCCAGACAAGGCUCAGCUGAUAGCCAGGUGUAGCGGUGGUAAGGAUUCACUCCAUGGUGCUGAAAAGAAAGCUCUGCUGUUAGGGCAGCAUUAUGUAGGCCCUAACAGUUUGUCAGCACCGUUUGUCACAGUUAUAAUGCAACAAAUGUAUUGUUUAGUGUUGUGUUGUGUAGUGGCUUUGCUGGCAUGCAUCUAAAAAAAAAAGAAGAGUUUGCCCCACCAAGAUUUACAUACUAACUUUGCCACUAGUCUACAGCACUAUAAAGUGAGCAGUGGGAAGCUGACUUGCCCCAGCUUGCCGUAUAGACAGCGUCUAUCUGUCUAAAACUGGUUGGGUCAGGUAGCACCCGUCCAUUGCCCUAAUUAUGCACACAAACUCAAAUCCCCAGUUCUAAUCUUUCCCCUGUUUGAAGCUGCCGCACUUCCAGGCCUUAGUGUUAUUACCUUAGUCACAGAUGAUGAGUUGGAGGGGUCACCGAGGGCCACUGGACUGACCUGAAAUAGCCCGGGUGUUAAGGAGAUCCAGUAGCCUAGCUCUGAUCCUCUUACAGUCUCUGCCGAAACAGUUUCCCGCUUGACCAGGGUGGAGAGGGUCACACAUCAUCCACCCUGUUUUAAAAGCAUGUCUGCCCUUGAUGACAGAACUGUGACAGCACUGGUCAGAGACAGCCCCUCUACUGCAAGUUACAUGCAACCAGAACCCCUGGCUCAUGUGCUUCCUAUUACUGUUUGUGAUCGGUGAGAGAUGCCAGCUUCCACACAAGAUUAACUGUGUUGUAGAAGCUUGGGAAAUAGGAAAAACACAACCUGAAAAACUGGGGGCGCAGUUUAGAUAACACAACUGACGAGAUAUCCUUAAACCUUGUGUUUGGUUGGUGAAUUACUUGCAGUUCUCUCUUGUUUACAUUCUCAAAAGACUGUGACUCUACUCUAUAUCACCAGGUUGGCAUUGAUACAUGAAGUCAUUGACAUGGUAAGUAGACCUGAAAUACAAUUAAUAAAUAACCGUCUAGAUCUGUGCACUAUAGACACUAUAUCAGCCAACUCCAGGCUGUCAUUGGUGAACAUUACCCCACUUCUUGACAGUCCCAUUUUUACAUCUUUCUUCAAGAUCUUCUUCAUCUGCUUAUAUUUUUGUCUAUUUGAUUCCAGACGAAGUGCCAUUCUGUCCCGAAGCGAUAAUCUGUUUUUCAUAGUCAUUUGGGCUUAAAAUGUGGUGUCGUCGAAGCCUUUUAUCAUUACAGGGUGACAGAGGUUUGCCAAAGACACACGAAUGGAAUCCGAUUUCUCCUUCAAAGCGUAUCGUCAGUUAAAACCUGAGCCAAUGUUUUGAAGGAAGCCUAGACGGAGGACAUUUCUCACAUCAUUUCAUCUGGUGGAUUGAAGCGUGCAUGUGUUCCUUCACUGGGCCAAGCUUGUCACUGCCGACACAGUACAGGGAUGGAUUAAACCUACUUAACCUACACACAAAUGUCAAAACAUUGCUACCUUUAUCACCCCUCAUGAAAGGAGGCAUGAUGAACAUACCAUUAAUUAUAUACAAUACUCUAGAUUAUAUCACAUUUUGGAAAAUCACGUGGUACCUUGAUGAAGAGUGUCUGUACUGUAGCUUGGUUUUGAAAAGUAAUUUCUUUCUUGACAUAAGUCAUCCGUGCUAUGUUGCCUUUCUCCCUAUUCCUCACGUCUCACAAACUUUGGCCAAACCUGUUAUGGCAGCCCAGGUUGUCUCAUGAUGCUGCCUCUUACCCGUCUACAUUCUGGCAUCAGAUAGGUUCCAGUUUGAGUGGUUUCCUGCCAGGUAUGACUGGUAAUGAGGCAGGUUAUCAUCAUCAUCACUCCCAUCUCAUGCCAAGAGCGCUCUUUGUAUAGAUACAGUCUAUGUUCAUACUGUAGCUGUACAUUCCACUGAGACCCUACAGAGAAUACCUCUUUUUCAGAUAAGAUAAGAUACAGAUAAGUCUGUAAUUGUUUGCCUGAAACCCCAGCAGCUUUAACGGUAGGAUCCCCUGGAUGUUUUGUGAGACGAAUUCCAAUACUGAGAAUUCAACCCUGAAUAUUCUGGCAGAACGUAAACUCUCGUGAAAAAAGGAUUGUUUUGUUCACAGUGGUGCACUGGAAUUGCCCGAGGCCCAGGGCCACGCUAACGAGGCUGGUUUUCAUUAGGAUUCAUUACUGUGCAAAUAUGACCCACCACAUAUAAUGAGCAGGUUCUCACCCAGACGAUGUGCAAAUCAUUUCCUCAUAUUGUCUGUUGGAUAACAUGGAACUUCCUUUUCUGUCUUGCACGGCCAUAGUACGUGUAAUGGGUGUAUUAGGGUUCAGUAGCUUGACUGACAUGUUGACUUAAACGAAGAUGUGUUUAUCAGGAUGAGAUGACAUGGUAAUAAUGGCCUGUCGGUUCUUGGUUUUAGUCCAAACCCUUCACAGGUCAAGAAAACCCUCACAGUUCGUCUGCUUGUUCAAGAGUUACUGAAUAAAUUAAACCAGAACCAGAGGCAUCUCCAGCUUUGAACCUUAAUAGUUCUUUUCAGAGCGUUCUUCUGAAGUGAAGUCUGGGCUUUUUGGGGUGUUUUGGAAAUGGCUGCUCAUAGUUUGCAAAGGAAUAAAGUACCGACGGUGUACUUUGGACCACAAUCUGUGUUUUGAGUAGCUACUCUUGAUCUUGUGUGUAUGCUACAGUGUUUGUCUGCAGACUUACUGGAUUUUCUUUUGUACCGAGGAAAAAAAUAGAGACACCUGCUGGGAAUUGGCCCCUGAAAAGAAAAACAAGCUAGACGAAGGGUGUGGGCUAUGGGGUGGAGGUCUGAGGCAAUGCCUGGUUCUGGCCCCCCUGGGUCAAAAACACCCAGCAGCCCUGAGAUGAUGAGUGGCCCUCCGCCCUGGCACUCCUCUAAGUGAUGAAGACCCCUGCCAUCCUCCUCCUCAUCCUGUCUGUCCUGUGCAGAACUGUGCUUGUGUCAACGAAGACGGUGAAGCACACGGUGGAGGAAUGGAACAGAUACAGGAACGAGUGCCUGCUGAGAAUGAGCACGGACCCCACACCCCCAGGCUUGUUCUGCGGCCGUAUGUUUGACAUGUAUGCCUGCUGGCCGGAGGGUGUCCCCAACACCACGGUUAAAGUGCCCUGCCCGUGGUACCUCCCCUGGUACAACCAAGUUCGUAAUGGGUAUGUGUUGCGGGAGUGUGGGCCUGAUGGCCAGUGGGCCAUUAACAACACCAGCAGCACAUGGAGGGACCACUCCCAGUGCAACGCAGACAACAACCAGCAGGUGGCACAGGAGAACCAGAUGGUGAUCUUGGCCUACUUCCGGGUGAUGUACACUGUGGGCUACUCUCUGUCCCUGGCCAGCCUUUCCCUGGCCCUCAUUAUACUGCUAAUCUUCAGGAAACUAAGGUGCACCAGGAACUAUAUCCACACCAAUCUGUUUGCGUCCUUCAUCCUGCGAGCCAUAUCCAUCCUCACCAGAGAUGCUGUCCUCACCAGGGACACCCCAGAGUUUAGAGACAACAGAGACGUGUCCAACGUCCUCAGUGAUAAGGCCCUGUCUGGCUGCCGUGUGGCCCAGGUGCUGAUGCAGUACUGUGUGGGGGCUAACUACUACUGGCUGCUGGUGGAGGGCCUGUACCUUCACAACCUGCUGGUGCUCAUGGUCUUCUCAGAGAACAGCUACUUCUGUGGAUACCUCUUCAUCGGCUGGGGAUCCCCAGUGUUAUUUGUGGCCCCCUGGAUUAUAGUGCGGUACCUGUAUGAGAAUACACGGUGCUGGGAGAUCAACGAGAACAUGGCGUACUGGUGGAUCAUCCGCACACCCAUCCUCCUGGCCAUUCUGGUCAACUUUUUCAUAUUUAUUCGGAUCAUACAGAUCCUUGUCUCCAAAUUGAAGGCAAACCAAAUGAGGUACACCGAUUAUAAAUUCAGGUUGGCAAAGUCCACUCUGACCCUCAUCCCUCUCCUCGGCAUCCAUGAGGUUGUCUUUGCCGUGAUGUCAGAGGAACAGACCGAGGGCGUCCUCCGAAAUAUCAACCUCUUCUUUGAACUUUUCUUCAACUCUUUCCAGGGUCUACUGGUUGCCAUCCUGUACUGCUUCGUCAAUAAAGAGGUGCAGUCAGAGAUAAAGAAGAAGUGGCAGCGAUGGAAGCUGGGCAUGAACGUCCUGGACGACCUUCGCAACACGGGCAGCAACACGCCACAGGGGGGCACCGGCGGCGGGCAGUGCCACCACGACCCGCCCUGCCAGCCUGACUGUCCACAGGAGGAUACCCACAACCUCUUCUCGGACGCCUCCGCCUCGGGGCCGCAUGCCCACCCGCGCCCACACCACCACCCAGGGGCCAAGAAGGGCAAGGCCUACUGCUACAUUUCCGCCCGCAAGCAGGUGCUGAACGGCCUUGAUGGAGCUCCGCUGGAAAAAGGGGGCGGAGAGGGAGCCAUCAAAUACUCUGAGAGCUACUGCUGAGUGGCUCGGCGAGGGGGAUAACGACUAGCUGGCUACCUUUGUAAUUUCUAGUGGGUGGAAUCCAAAGCAGACAACCUGCCUGCUUCAGUUGUGUACUUCCAGAUCUAUGUGGCCGACUGUAGUUGGUGUUUCAUCGAACCCAUGUCUCAAUAGUUGUGUGAACAUGAUCCGGGACUCAUUGGAUGAUUGCCAGAAUGUUUUUUCUGCACUGGCCAAUCAGGCUGUGUGUUGUGACUCCUAUAGGUUUUCAGUGGCAGAUAAGAUGACCCAUCCCAAGUGCAAUAUCGCCUCAAUCGACCUAGAUUGACUUUUACAUUUUUUAUUGAACCUUUAUUUAACUUAUUUACAAUGACAGCCUACCCCGGCCAAACCCGGACGACGCUGGGCCAAUUGUACGCCACCCUAUGGGACUCCCAGAUGUUGAGGAAAGCUACUUCAAUUAGGAAAUGAACACCGUCCAACCUUGAUCUGCUCUGAUUCGACUGUUUUGGGGGUUUUUGCUUCUUUUGUUUUCUACCUCUUGCUCUACUAGUGGACAAAAUGGAAACGUUAUGUGCCAACCGUGGACCGUCUUUUCAUGUGCAAUGGAUAAUUCUAACAAUAGUGUGUCUAUAUGUUGGUAUUGGACAAACUCAGUGAGGGACUUAGAGAAGGCAAGAGGUGAGUAAAACCAAUAUUGUCUUCCCCAGUGAGCUAGCUGCACAAACACUAUGGUUUCCCUUGGCAACACUGUGUUUUGAAUUCUUCUCACCCAAUCGUUUAAGAUCUCUAAAGCCCCUUGCUCACUCGUCAUACAUUUACUGCAACCUUAUAGGCGUAACUGAAUACAGUGAGCAAAGGAACAGCGUUCUUACGCAAUAUCGUAGACCUUAAGGCAGGCACAUUACUAUCAUGGUGGUGGCUGUGUGUGGCAUGACUUCUGCAAAUGAGAAAGAGACAUUCUCGGAAUACACGCACUGUCAAAAUGGGUUAAAUGAUUUGUAAGGUCCUGUUAACAUAGUGAAAACUAUCACAGAAUGGAAGGUGAACGUAAUCCAGAGGUCUUUUAAGCGCUGUAUCUACAUGCAAAUGAAAAGACGAUAACUGGAAUGGCGUAGUCUGUGGCACCUUCUUCUUUCAUCUUCUCGAUUUAUCACAGGCUUAUGCAAUCUGAAAUGCAAAUGAUCUCUAUUGCGGUGAGUUCUGGUAGCCUGUUACCCUCCGCAAAUAGUUUUUUUUCUUGUAGGUUUUCCAGGCCAACCAUAACCACUUACCACCCAGCUGACAGUUUUAUAUUCCCCUAAACACAGGUCGUAACAUGCCUAGAGGGAAACAAAAUGUUUUGCCCUGAUUACACACUCACCCUUAGUGAAGAUUUGAAAUACCAAUCAACCAAUAUGAGUUUCGCUAAAAGGCCACUUCUUUUUGUGUGUGAACCCAGCUAACAAUCUCCUACUCCUAUUUAAAGAAGGGUCUCAAUCUAAAACGAGCACAGCAUAACCCUAACUUCUCCAGAUAUAGCUUGACUACUCGGUGUGUAUGGAUCUGUCUGAGCAUCCAGAGCCCUCAACUCAUUUUAUGGUGUGUCAUUUGAGGGUCACAUUGCACCUCGUCGCUAUCCCCCGGUUGAACAGUGGUUCUAUAGGCAAUUAAACCAGGCAGCUGUCAACCUCCCUGUAUUUCUGUCUUCUCAUUCACUCCAAAUGCGACCAACCCAUUACCCAAGCAUGUCCACCAUCCAUCUCUCAGUGUCAUCAAAAUGUAUUAUGUCAUACAAAUGAACUGAUCAUUUUUUUCACUAGCAGUAUUCCUACUAUGGUCAUUACUGGUGCUUGCCUCGAUGCCUCUGGUGGCAAAAAUCAUUACUCGAAUGGUGUGUGUGUGUGUGUGUGUGUGUGUGUGUGUUCUUAAUUUCCAAAGUGGCUUGGCUGAACCUCACAAAUUCUGUAAUAGCAUUCACAAACUGAGCAUUGUACUUCACAUAUCCUCUUGUAUAAUGUACCUUUGGCAACAGCACAUGUAACCUUUUGGAAUUUUGUUUGUAAAACUGCUUAUGUCAGACAUUGACUCUUCAAUAAUAAUAAAAAACUAUCGGAUGUAGCAUAGUUAGUUAGCAUUGCUAGUAUGUGUUACAGUGGUGCCGUGACCUGGAUCUAGGAGAGUGGACAGUAAACUGUGGUCAAAGGGUGGUGGAUUCCAUGGAUGCCUACGUUAGAACCAUGCAGUGAGUUAGUACUGGACUGUCACCCUGGACCCAUAAUGCAUUGGGUCCAUUGUGGCACGUAUUAUGUAAACGGACAUGGCCUUCUGACUUAACUCGGCAUGUUCUAUAUACCUGUCAACGGGUAAACUGGGUGCACUGACACUCAAGUGAUAUUUCACUGUGUGUGAAUAUGUUAUCAUGGGGCAAUUACAGUACAAAGAACAGCACCAAAUCUGACAUGCUGUAUAUGUGACAUGAAUGGACACUAUUUUUAUUCACUUUUUAUGUACAUGUUUGUUAUUUUCACCAGUCAUUUAAAUUAAAUUAUUCUUAAUCUGCCA